GCCCAGGGAGCCACCUUCUCAAGAGGCUGACAACAAGACCCAAGGAGUCAUGAACGUCACCAAGGGGGGCCUGAUCAUCUUCACAGCGAACUCGAAUCCUGCGGGCAGGGAGCUGGGAAAAAGGAUUGCUGAGUGCUCUUUUGGAUUGAGAUGUGGUGACUGUGGAGGCCCUUUGAAUGCAGUGAAUUCAUUGACAUGUUCAAGAAAUCAGUCUGAGAUGACAUGAACUUUGUGACAUGGCGUGUUUUCCGGCUGGAAGUACCCAUUAGAAGCUGGGUCAUAAAUCAUAAAUGGCCAUAAAUGGAUGGACAUGGUCAGCAACAAGACUCAGGUAGGCUGUGGCAUAUGAACAAUGCUCAGUUGGUAUUAAGGGGCUCAAAGUAUGCCAAGAAAAUAUCCCACAUACCAUUACACUACCAGCAGCAGCAAUAACUUGAAUUAUUGUCACAAGGUAGGGUGGAUACAUGCUUUCAUGUUGUUUAUGCCAAAUUCUGACCCGACCAUGUCAAUAUCGUAGCAGAAAUCGAGACUAAUCUGAGUUUUUCCAGUUUUGCAUUGUCUAAUUUUGGUGAGCCUAUGCCCACUGUAGCCUGUUUCCUGUUCUAAGCUGACAGGAGGGACACCCAGGUUGGUCCUCUGCUGCUGUAGCCCAACUGCUUCAAGGUUUGACAUGUUGUGCGUUCAGUGAAGCUCUUCUGCAUACCUUGGUUGUAACGCGUGGACUUACUGGAGUUACUGUGGCUUUUCUAUCAGCUUUGACCAGUCUGACCAUUCUUCUCUGGCCUCUGUCAUCAUCAAGGCAUUUUCACCCAGACUACCACCACUCACUGGAUAUUUUCUUUUUCAGCCCAUUCUCUGUGAACCGUCGAGAUGGUUGUGUGUGAAAAUCCCAGCAGGUCAUCAGUUUGACAUUCUUGUACCAGCCCCUUCGGCACCGACAGCCAUGCCAAAGUCACUCUCUUGCCCAUUCUGGUGACGUGAACGUUAACUGAAGCUGCUGACCUGUAUCUACAUUGUAAAAAUUACGCUGCUGACCUAUGGUUGGCAUAUUAGAUAUUUGCUUAAACAAGCAGUGGAACAGGUGUACCUAAUAAUGUGGCCAGUGAGAGUAUAUUACAGUGGGUUAUUGUCUUACGUGAGGUUAAAAUGUGUGGUAUAAAAAAAUUGCCUUCGAUUAAAUAUAGUUAAAAUGAUGUGGCACAAGUCAGAAAUAAAACGUUGCGUAGUUACGCCUUUGUUACGGUGAGGAAGAGAGUCUGCUGUAUUUACCUUGCCGGCCCAUUGUUUAUUAAAGCUUGUUAGUAUUUUUUCCUUCUGGUUGGACUCUUGUAUUCGCCUCAUGCUUGUGGUUCAAUUCGCGUCCUGCAGGCGUCUCGGGGUCGAGCUGGGCAAGGUGCAGGUGUAUCAGGAGGCCAACCGAGAGACUCGUGUGCAGAUCCAGGAAUCUGUGCGUGGCAAAGAUGUUUUCAUUAUCCAGACCGUUUCCAGGGACGUGAACACGACCAUCAUGGAGCUGCUGAUCAUGGUGUACGCCUGCCGCACUUCCUGCGCCCACAGCAUCACCGGCGUAGUGCCCUACUUCCCGUACAGCAAGCAAUGCAAGAUGAGGAAGCGGGGCUCCAUCGUCACCAAGCUGCUGGCCUCUAUGAUGUGCAAAGCGGGCCUGACCCAUCUGAUCACCAUGGACCUGCACCAGAAGGAGAUACAGGGCUUCUUCAACAUCCCCGUGGACAAUUUGCGUGCCUCUCCGUUCCUCCUGCAGUACAUCCAGGAGGAGAUCCCCGACUAUAGAAACGCGGUAAUUGUGGCCAAAUCUCCAGCUUCUGCCAAAAGGGCGCAGUCCUUUGCUGAGAGGCUGCGGCUCGGGAUCGCGGUGAUCCAUGGCGAGGCACAGGAUGCCGAAUCGGACCUGGUGGAUGGACGCCACUCCCCACCCAUGGUGAAGAACGUGGCCGCCAUUCACCCCAGCCUGGAGAUCCCCUUGCUGAUCCCAAAGGAGAAGCCGCCGAUCACGGUGGUGGGAGAUGUGGGUGGCCGGAUCGCCAUCAUCGUGGAUGACAUCAUUGAUGACGUGGACAGCUUUGUGGCCGCCGCAGAGACUCUGAAAGAGAGGGGGGCCUACAAGAUCUUCAUCAUGGCAACGCAUGGCAUCCUGUCCUCGGACGCCCCUCGCCUAAUUGAGGAGUCUGCCAUCGACGAGGUGGUAGUGACCAAUACCAUCCCCCAUGAGAUCCAGAAGCUACGUUGCCCCAAGAUCAAGACCGUGGACAUCAGCAUGAUUCUGUCUGAAGCCAUCCGCCGCAUUCACAACGGGGAGUCUAUGUCGUAUCUGUUUCGCAACAUUGGACUGGAUGACUGAGUUUUGGAGAGGGGGGGGCACUUUGACACAAUCAAUCUUCCCCGACGCCAUUCUACGUCUUUUUUGUUCUUUUCACGUGAAAAAGUCAGCUUUGGUCUUUCUUCCGUUGGUUGCCCUUGGUUAUGUUGAAAUGCUUUAACUUGUAGUCCAGUAAAGUUGUUAUUGUUGUUCAUGUUAUUAUUAAUCGGCCUUCCUUUAACAAGCAACCUUACGGCAAGUUGGCGUAACCAUAUCAUGGUAAUUAAGACUGACGUAACUAGAUCGUGGUCACGUUAUCCCGGUAAAUCUUGCCGAGAAAUGUAGGCCUGGCGUUACAUAACCCAAUAUCUAUCUGUGGCUCUCCGUGCAAACCGCAUAGGUUAGUGAUCUUCUCUCAUUUCUGCGACUGUCGUUUCUUCAUCUGUCAUGUGCAGCCUCAUUCUUUAAAUUUCCUUCCCCGCUCUUUACAGCCCUCGUCUGGCAGGACUUAUGGCAUUCUCAGCCCCCGAUGAUCAAGACGUGUCUCGGCGUCACAUGUUGACAAGUACGCCUUCGCUCAUGGUAAUGACACUGCUCUUUCUGAGGCAGCCCGGAGCAGAUUAACAGCCCCUGAUUGCUACGUUGCUGGUGGGGAAAUUCACAGCAGUGGGUCUGUCGGUUCCUUUGUUGCGGAGACAGACGCUCUAAGAUGCCAAAUGAGAUGAUUAGUGUGCUGAUUUUUCAUUUUUUGCCUUUUGGUGCAGUAAUCUAAGUGGUGGGAAUUUUGAUAAACGGUUGCACUUUGUUGCCCUCUGUCCUUUAAACUAUUACAGCAUUGCAAUCCGGCAUUUUCCAGGAGCCUGGGAGUUAGUCAUGGGGUGUAUUAAAAGGUACCGUUUCACUAAGAGUGUAGACCUUCAGACUGUGCUAGAAGAACACUGACCAGAAACCAGGUAGACCUGGUCAAUAUAUAGUAAGUCUAAAUAUUCCUGGGCAUAAACCUAGUAUUUGAAGUUUCAUUUUCUGUACAAAACUAACACUCUUCACAGGCUUUGCUUUCGUUGUCGGCAGCCUGCAAUGACACACAUUGUUGUACAUCGACUAAAAUUUGGUAGAUGCCAUUCCACAGAGACAAGGCCGCUAUGACCUCUGGUGAACCAUUUAAAAGGGUCGUAUAACCAAGAAUUUGAGGAGCCUGUUUUAAGGGACCUCCGGAUUGUCUUCGAGUGUUAACCCGAAAGGAACGGCUUAUUUAUUUUUGGCAAGUUCGAUCAAAUAAACGGAGAACUGAGAGCCGCCGUCUACCAUA